UUCUACGGGUGAAGAGGACGGAAGACUUCCAAUGUCACGAACAAGAGGGGUGAACUUGGUCAACCUCCUUGUGUUUCAGAAGACUGGAAAGCUUUGGCACAGUGGCAUACAGUACCAGUCUGUGUGCCCAUUGGGUAGCAAGAGUGCCGUGGCUCCGGCCGCUGACCAUGUUGCUGGACCGCAGCAGCAGGCAAUCCUGGAAGAAAUAAAGAUUCCUUUCUCCCAUGCACAUAUUGGAAAUUUUUUCCAAGAACAACCCAAGUUGGGAAACCAAUUCUUGGAGGAUACACUACUCCAAAACUAUCUGAAGCGACAUCUUCCUCCAGCGAUACUGGAAGAGGUCAGCCAAGACUUUGAACGUUUUGGACAGCGUCUCGUGGACGAGAUUGACUCACUUGGACGUGAGUGCGAGUUGAAUCCACCACAGCUGCAACAGUAUGAUGCCUGGGGUCAAAGAGUGGAUAAGAUUGUUACUUGUCCGGCCUGGAAGAGGAUGAAAGAGCUGUCUGCAGAGGAAGGCCUUGUGGCAGAAGCAUACGAGAGGAGGUAUUCUAGCUGGAGCCGUUUGAUUCAGGUUGCCAAGAUCUAUCUGUACGCGCCAUCUUCUGGACUCUUCACCUGUCCGCUAGCCAUGACUGAUGGUGCAGCCAAGGUCAUAGAGUCUCUGGGUAGACCAGCCACUCUAGAAAGUGCUUUUAAACAUUUGACCUCACGAAACCCUAAUCAUUUCUGGACCUCCGGACAAUGGAUGACAGAGCGCAGAGGAGGAUCAGAUGUUGCGGGUGGAACAGAGACAGUGGCACGUUGUCAGGAAGAUGGGACUUAUCGGCUUCAUGGGUACAAAUGGUUCACAUCAGCUACAGACUCAGACAUGAGCUUGACCUUAGGCAGGGUGAUCAAUAGCCAAGGUCAAACAGUGCAGGGAACUAGAGGGCUGUCGCUUUUUUACCUGGAAGUUCGAGGUGCAGAUGGGAAGCUGAAUGGAAUCGAGGUUCAGAGGCUUAAAGAUAAACUGGGUACUCGACAGGUGCCAACAGCUGAGCUUCUACUUGAUGGGGUGAAGGCUUUAAUGAUUUCUCCCGAGGGCCGCGGAGUUGCUUCUAUCUCCAGCAUGCUGACUAUUACUCGCAUGCACAACACUAUUUUUGCAGCAGCUGGCAUGAGGAGGGUAAUCAAUUUAGCAAGGGAGUAUGCGGCCAAACGAUUUGUGUUUGGAAAACUAAUAAAGGACCACCCGCUACACAUACAGACUAUGACACGCAUGGAGGUGGAGGCGCGUGGAGCUUUUCUGCUCGUGAUGGAAGUUGCUCGUCUGUUGGGUCUGGAAGAAACAAACAUGGCAACAGAACAGGAUCUUUACCUCCUCCGUUUACUUACACCCAUUGCCAAACUGUACACAGGAAAACAGUCUCUUGCAGUUAUAUCAGAGGGGCUGGAAUGUUUCGGUGGACAGGGCUACAUGGAAGACACGGGCCUGCCUGCGAUGCUCAGAGAUGCUCAGGUACUGACAAUAUGGGAAGGGACAACCAACAUCCUGUCUUUAGAUGUCUUGCGUUCAAUCAUGAAGAGCAAAGGACAUAUCUUGAGUGCCUACCUCUCUGCCACUCAGGAUAAGUUGGAAGCUGCAGCUAACGUACCUGGGCUUUCCAAAGCUGCGCAUGUCUCAAUGAAGGCACUACAGCAGCUCAAAAUCUUUACACAACAAGCAGGAGAGAGAGGAGGUGGCUUCAUGGAACUUGCAGCCAGAGACUUUGCUUACAGUCUUGCUAAGAUUUAUAUUGGUUCACUCUUACUUGAACAUGCCGCAUGGGCCGGAGCAUCAGAAACAGACAAGUACUGUGCUGAAAGAUGGAGUGAGCAGGACCUGUGCCCUGUAUUUAAAGCUGAAGCCUCGGGGAUCUACAGCACAGAAGCACAGUCCCUGGCUAAGCAGCUGGUGUAUGAAAAAAAGCGCCCUCUUUGAAGAGGGAAACUCUAGGCUCACGUACCUGUGGCAGCACGGUAUUUUAAUUACAGUGCCUUCUGUGUAUAUUAACUAGAUUUCCAUUCUCAGUAUAGAAGACUAAAGGACUCCUUUUUAGAACACAAGGGUACAGGGUAUUAUAAAUGUAUUUCUGGGUGAAAAAUCCUCAUUAGCCAUGAUUUUAACUAAAAUGUUAUAAUUUGUCAGGCAGCUCUCUUAUGCUUGGUUAUUGAAAUAAUGCUUUUUCAUUGCUAGAGGACACUUAGGUCUAUUGUGCAAAA